AUGGCCCCCAUACUCCGCACGUUCUCAGCAGAGAACCUGCCCGACCAUGUCAACACCAUCCAGCGCAACUUUCAAGACAAGCGUCGCAAAGGUCCAGUCGUGAACCUGAAGGAGUGCCAGCUACUCGAGAUGGUGCAAUACUCCUGCAAUCCGCCUGACGGAGGGAUCCCACAACCGGGUGUGAUUACUUGUGAGCCGAUCGUUCGGCUGUUUCGACGUCAGAUGCGCCGGAGGAUUGACGGUGGAAACCACUUCAUGGGAACCGGUCAGGAUAGCCGCGGAAGAGGCCCAAAAGAAGGCGACGAAUACAAAAUCAUGAUAGAUCAAAUCAUCUCUCUGGAUACAGCACACACUUAUUAUUGA